AGCGCCGGCAGAUUUCGGAGACUAUCUUCUGUCAACGCAUGUUCAAAUAUCGAGUGCCAUACUACAGCAUAGUUGAAUUCGCGACACUCCAGUCGUUGACCUAUAAAAUGGCUACAGUCUCUGCUCUUUCGGCCUACCGACAAGUACUCCGCGCGACACGCAUUGCUUUCAGAGAUGACUUCACCAUCCUCACGGCCGCUCGCACCGAAGCCCGCAAGCAAUUCGACGCACACAAACGCACCGGUGUCGACACACCAAUGCAGAUCCAACACGCUGUCGAGGCGGCGAGUAUUCUGAGACACAACAUUGUGCAGGGAGCGCGAGAUGCAGAGGACCAGAAUGGGAAAUGGGAGCUCCGCAUUCAUGACGAGAUCGAACGAGGGGAUAAUGAUUCAGUCAAGAUCGACGGGAAGAAUGUCAAGGUUGAUAAGCCUUGCUCGUCAUAAACCCGAUACGUCCUCUGUACAUAUUCAUAAUCAGGAGUUAGGCUGCAUGGGAGAUCUGUACUAUAGUUGAUAAUAGCAUUAUUUUUUACAAAUUGGGUUGGCUAUGAGCAA